AUGGAUAAAACCCUGUGUGAAAAUUUUGAUACAUUGAGAAACUAUUUACCCGAUGAAUUAAACACAUCUACAAGUAAUGAUAUUCAUGAAUUAGGGAAUGCUAAGAAUUAUUGUCCUAAUGAAGGUUCAGGGGGAAAAGAAUGUACGACUGAUUUCGAUAAAAUUAAGGCUGGAUGUUUAUGGUUGUUUGAGCAAUUAUUUGUGGAAAAUAAAAAAAAUAUCAGUACAGUUGAAUACAUUAUGAUAUGGUUAAGUUAUAAACUAAAUCAAAAGACGUAUGACGGAAUCAAGAAUCUAAAUGAUUUUUACACUAAAUGUAUAGAUAAUAAUACACAUUAUACUAAUUGUAAACAAGGUGAUCAAGAUUGUAGUACGUCAUUAAAAAAUAAUGUAGGUUAUCAAAAUUAUAAGGAAAUCAUAAAUGGAAGAAAGGGAUUGUUGAGUACUAAUAUUGGAAAUAUGUCUAAAAUUUAUGAAGCAUUUAAAUCAUUAUGUAACUUGUAUAAAGAACUUGGUGAUGACAGUAAAAAUUGCAAGAAUGCUUUGGAUGAUAAUAAUGAAUUUAUUAAAAAAUAUAAUGAACUUAAUGGCAAUUCUAGCAUUAGUGAAGACAGUUCAUGUAAACAAGUAUUGUCUACAUUAUUAAAUGAUUAUAAUAAUUUAAAAGAUCAUUAUGAUAGUAAUGACGUUGAUUGUAGCAAUAUUCCAUCCCUUACCCAGACAAAAACAGAAGAAAAAGGUGUGCAAAGUUAUGAAGAGAGUUCUGGACCGAGUUCUGAAGUUACAUCAUCAAGUUCGUUGAUAACAAGCAAAUUAAUUCCAGUUUUAUUGAUACUUGGUGCAAUACCAAUUUUUUUGGGAAUUGCUUAUAAGUAUUCAUUAUUUGGAUUUCGGAAAAGAGUUCAAAAACAUUUAAGAGAAAAGCUAAAAAAAUAA